UCAGACGUCGGGUUACGCGCGGCGGCGAGUGGGCCGCCGACUGAGGUACCGGCUUCCAGCUCCGGCUCCGGCUCCCGGGUCGCGGCGCGGCGGCGCGGCCCCUCGCGCCCUCCCGCCAGGCCGCUAUGCAAGGCCCGGGCGGGAACGCUAGUGGCGGGCUGCCGGGCGCGCCGCCCUCCACCGUGGCGUCCGGGGCGGGCCGCUGUGAGAGCGGCGCGCUAAUGCACAGUUUCGGCAUCUUCCUGCAGGGACUGCUCGGCGUCGUGGCCUUCAGCACCUUGAUGCUCAAACGCUUCCGAGAGCCAAAGCAUGAAAGGCGACCAUGGAGGAUAUGGUUUUUAGACACUUCCAAACAAGCCAUAGGGAUGCUGUUCAUCCACUUUGCAAAUGUAUACCUAGCAGAUCUGACUGAAGAGGACCCUUGUUCACUAUACCUCAUUAACUUCCUUCUGGAUGCUACUGUUGGCAUGCUGCUCAUCUACGUGGGAGUGCGUGCUGUCGGCGUCUUGGUGGAGUGGCAGCAGUGGGAAUCCCUGCGCUUUGGUGAAUAUGGAGACCCUCUGCAAUGUGGGGCCUGGGCUGGGCAGUGCGCCCUUUAUAUAGUGAUCAUGAUCUUCGAAAAGUCCGUUGUCUUCAUCAUCCUCCUCAUUCUCCAGUGGAAAAAGGUGGCCCUAUUGAAUCCCAUCGAAAACCCAGACCUGAAACUGGCCAUCGUCAUGCUGAUCGUCCCAUUCUUUGUCAAUGCAUUCAUGUUCUGGGUAGUGGACAAUUUCCUUAUGAGAAAAGGGAAGACGAAAGCUAAACUAGAAGAAAGAGGAACCAACCAGGACUCAAGGAAUGGGAGCAAGGUCCGCUACCGAAGGGCAGCAUCCCAUGAGGAGUCUGAGUCUGAGAUCCUGAUCUCAGCUGAUGACGAGAUGGAGGAGUCUGAUGCUGAGGAGGACCUCCGCAGACUGACCCCCCUCAAACCUGUGAAGAAGAAGAAGCACCGCUUCGGGCUGCCUGUAUGACACAUCCCAUGCUGGGGUGGCAGGUUCAGGGCCCAGCCCUGCAGCAGCACCCCUCUCCUCCUCUCUCUGCCCCUCCUCUUCUACCUCCACUCCUCUUGCUGUCUCUGCCCGCUCUCCGCCUGCCCCCAGUCUACUGUGACUUAAAAGAGGGAAGAGGAACCAGUGCCCGAGGGGGCUGAGGGCAGCUAGAGGUCCCCGCUCAGUUGCACUACAAACACUGACCAAAUAUGCAAGCGAAGAGCUUUGUUUGUUUGUUGUUGUCCCUUUGGGGUGUUGUGACACUCCUGUCCUAUGUCUGACCGGGCGGCAUGGUGGAAGAAAACAGAGCACACAUUGACUGUGGUGGGUCCUCAUGCCGAGGCUGCGGGCAUUGUGGACAUGUGGCGUGCUCGUGGUUAACAGUCACACGUUGACCAAAUUGGAACAGGAAUGCUUUCUUACUCAAAAUGGCUUUUGUAACUCUUGAUUUCUAAAGCCAGUUUUAUGAGCUGUGAUAGUGUUACUGUUUUUUGAGUAUGUGUUUAUUUCCUACAAAGUACCUAUGGGUCUAAUGGACAAAACAGAUUUUUUAAGUCUUCCGUACUCUGUUUGACUUUUAUAUUUUUAAGUUAUAUUUUCAUACUAUUGUAUUUAAAAAGUCUUUUUAAUCCCCAAAGAAAUGGAUUUGUUUGCCUUUCAUGGGGUAUGAACUGGUAGGAGGUAAAAGUCAGUUUUUUAACUGGGAACAUUGUUAGGUAGUGUCUGAUGGUGAGGUGAAUGGUACUGGUGGGAAGGAAGGGUGGACAGCCUUUAUCUACAGUCAGAAACUGAGUAGUGUAUGAGGGUCAAGUCUGAGCAUGAGAUAAAAAAUGGAUCCAUGUGCUCCAGUGUAGGUGGAACAGAAAGGGCCCUGCCAAGGCUCAUGAACUGGCAUAUUAGAGGCCUUGCUUAAACUUGACUGAGAAAGGAGCCCAAGAGUUAGAUGUCUGUGUCCAGAGGAUUCAAGACCAUUGGGCUACCCAUUUGUUUCCUGCCUCCAUCCAUAUCUUAAGUGUUAGAAUUGUCCCAGCAGCUCCCUCUAGUGCAGCAACUUGCAGAGCCAGCCUCUGUUGCCUGUCACAAGCUGUUACCUGCUUGCUCACACAGCAGUCUGGAGAAAUCUACCUGGGUUGCAAAGCUUGUUUUCACACCCUCCAGAGUUGUAAAGUGGCUGGGGAAGGGCAGAUAGAAGUACAGGUCUGUCUGAAUGUACAGAUAACACAAGGUACUUCUGGCUGUGUCCCCUCCUGGGUGGCCCCACCUACUCCUCAGCAUGGUCCCUGGUACCCAUGGCUCUGAGUUUGCUGGGUGGUAGAGACUGACCCAGCAUUGCAUCUCCUAUGGUAACAGCAGGGUAGAGCUAUCCAAUGGCUUGUCAAUCCAACAGGCAAAAAUGGUGCUUAGGAACAAAAGGAUACACCACUACUAUGUGGGCUGGAAGUGAGAGCCUAGGCCUUAAGUGAGGUGAGGGCAGGGGAAACAACUCUGCUCACAACCCCCUUUAAACCUGCAUAAGAAUGUGUUUUGCUUAAGCAUAAAGGGUCUGAAUAUGCUUGUGGCAUGUGAGCCCUGCCUUUAUCCUAGGCCUGGUACUAUCCUCUGCCACUCACAGUCCUGCAUUUCCUAGAGACGGGCACACCCUGGGGUGGCCCUACCAGCCCAUCUUGUAAGACAAGCAUCACUGAGAGGAGUGGAGACUAGCUGAGCAGUGGGAGACUUCACAGCCUGGGGUGGGGGGUAGUGGGGGUGGAACAUGGUGACCAUAAUGGAAUUGGUCUAGUCCUAUGUUGCUCCUGCUUCUCUCCCAUCCCACAGCCAUGGUCAUUCCCCACCACUUCUCUAAUGAGGCUCCACUGAGUUGUGUGGGAAGAAUAGGAAUCAAAUUCCUGGUGAGGUGGUCAGUCGCUGGUGACACUGCUGAUGUCAUCCUGACUCUCCCCUCCUGUUUUAUGGUUUAGGUAACCUGAGCUACAACAGUCUCUGCCAUCCUCUGGAGCUCAGAGUUGGAGCUUGUUUUCAGUCUUAAGUUCCUAGAGUUUCCAAAACAGGCACAGAGGUGGGGGACUCACUGUGAAGGAUAGAAACUCCAGUAGGACAGAACUUAGUUGACAUCAUAUCUAGCCUCCUCCCAGCUCCUGAGCAGUGGAUUUGGAGGACAGAGGUAGCAAGUGAGUGUGAGUUCUUUCCUGCAUCCUGAUUUUCACUAAGGGCUAUAGUCUCUGAGCUGCAGCUGUGUAGCUGGCUUGGCAGGAAAAGUGGUCUAACAGGUAUUUGAUCAUAGGAGCCUGUCUUGUGUACAGGCUUGCAUGUAUUUGCCCUUGCCCUUAUACUGAGUGAAUAUGUGUUCAUGCACACAUGCAGCUAAGUACAUGCACUCACAUGAUUCUGCAUCCCUCAGGAGAACCUUCAGUGGUCACUAGGGUCUCUUCAAUACUGUGGUGCACUGUCCCACAAGAAUGAAGAUAGAAAGCUGUGGUCAAGACUUCCUCCUGAGCUGUCCUCCCUCCCUAGAAUGAGUUUCCCAUCACUUGUUCCAAGGUGCCUUAUGAGGCAGAGCCCUUUACUGGCCAAUGGCAGGCAUCACUGAGCUAGAGAAACAAUGGGAUACUGACUUGGCUAUGUGUGCUAUGAAUCUGAUUUAUUCAAAUCAGUACUUUGACCAAGCCAAUCAUGAUAGAAGCUUGUAAACAAAGAUGAUGAGCAAGUUUUUUGUAACUAACGGAAAUAAACCCCUGAGGGAGAGCUGACACCUGACUCAAAGAGGUGGUAGUGGUUUUAUUUCUUUUGGCUUUUGGUGGGAUGCUGAUAAAGGCAGGGAAGAUUGGUGAGAUCCUGGGUAUCAGUGGCUUCUCAAUCUGUGCCCCCAGAGAUGUGUGGAGCAAGGGUCUCUGGCCCCUCAGUCCUGGAAUGUGCUGGUGGUUUCCUGCCUCAAGUUUUAAUGUGUCUUACUGACAACACAGUCAUAGGUUAAUGUCACUACUCUUGCCUUUUUGUCAAGGAAAACAAAAGAGCUCAAAUGCAAGUUGCAAACUUCCCUUCAGCAGUGGAGGCCAGGCUGUAUCUCAGGGUCCACACCUGAAAGAUGCCCCAGGACCCUGGAGGGGGCAGAUUGUCGUUCCUGCGAGACAGCAGCCACCCCGUUGUAUAUAAGCUGGCUCUUAAGUGAAGUUUCACACUGCUUCUAGCUAAGAGGCAGAUCUGUUUUACCAAGACAUUGGCAGGUCUGAGAGGCUUUGUUUUCAGACUUGUGGUCUGAGUGGGUGGGUGAGUGGGUUGAUUGCUUGGUUUGGUUGUUUUAAAUUUGAUUUUUCUUUUCAUAUAGUUUAUUGGAAGUCAGAUGUAUGUAAAGGAAACCACUCCCACCUUAGCUACCAUCCCUGUGGGGUGUUUAAUCAGCGGUGUUUUGAGUCACAGAAACACAUUUUUUUUAAAUGAAAGAGAAGAUGAUGUUCUUACAUUGUAAAACAGUUUACAAUAAAGUUUCACAUCUUAUUACAUUUCUUUAAAAAAAAAUCACGUUUGUAAAUCAUUGGUUGUGUGUUCUCUAGAAUUAAAAGAGCUUGGUGUGGUUAAUAAACUUUCCAACGAGUCUUAGCAGCCGUAAAGUAAAAAAUCUGCCAAGGAAAGAUAGUCUAGCCAUUUCUGCUUCCUUAACUAAUGAAAGUCUAAGCCAGUUUACCUCCUGAGGAAUGAGCUGUAUUGGAGGCAGAGUGAGGAAUGAACAUCCAACAUCCUCGUCCCAUCCUUAUUCCUGAGAGCAGGACUAGACAGAGCCAACUGUGGGCCCCUCUGCCAUGGUAGAAGGGCCAACACAAGGCCUGACUUGCCCUCUGCUGCUUUGUGGCCUCUGUUUGGAAUCUUGGGCAUUCCUCAGGUCAGUACUUAAUCUCAGCCCAGGCUUGGCAGAACUUACACUGGCCUCCUGGGGAUCAGGACCAGAAGGAGAACUGGGUUGGAGUUUGAGGUACAACUGCCAGGGAAUGGCAUUUGGGAUAACCAUAUGUCAGUGCCUGGACUGUCUGCCUGGAGCCUUCAAGGAUAAAAAUAAUGCUCAUUAUAGACUGGAGGAGAUCUGAGGUAAGUUAACAAGAAAGCCGUGACGUCCAACACACAUCCACCACCCCCCCAAAUACACCUCAGACACUGUGAGCACCCCAGGAGAUCUUCCCCUGCAAAGGAUCCUAUGCAGAUAUUAGGGGCUCUCAGCAGAGGAGAGGUGAAUAACCUUCCAGAAGGCCUGUCCUUUUCUCUUUAGCUCAAUAGCUAGAGUGGACUUCACCCCAACCCCAAAACUUGCAGCACUUAGUUGUGCUGCCAGCCAGACCCCCCACUUACCCUGCUCAGGCAGAGGUUUUGUCCAGACCGUCACCAGGAAACAUGGUCUCCUGGGCCCUGUAACCAUGCUUUGCUUCAUCCCUUUACUAAACUUACCCAGAGCUGAACAGAGGAUGAGGGCUUCAGCAAGGCUGGGCAGAACAGCUCCCCAGGCUCCCCUCAGCCUCAGUCUUUCUACCCCUGAACCAGGGGUAGCUCCUUGCUCUGAGUCUGCUGUGCUCACCAUAAGGAAAUGCUUCCAAGUGACAGACAGGAAAUUUCUGCCCUGCUACUGUGCCCGGAUGGAAAAUGUAUUCCCACUGGAAGCCAGAGGAAGAGGUGGAAGAGAAAGACAGGAGCUCAGAGCAAGCUCAGAUCCCUCCCUUUCCUCAGGGUCACUUCCCUACCCUCCCCCCACCACCACUGGGAUGGGCCCUUGCAGCCAGCGCACAGACCUUCACACACAUUCCAGAGCACACAUUCAUAAACACACGGUCUGUCAAUGCCUGUGCCAGUGCCUCCCACCUGCAAGUAGAACAGCUGUUCCUGAGGGUACAGGGUCUCCCCAGCUGUCUGUGCUCACCAGAGCUGCUGCCUGUCAUCUCCCAAGAAUAAACUCUGAAGCUAGUGGCUGUAUGGAUGUGAAUCAUCUGGGAGCUGCCAGAGGAGGGGAGUGACUGCCCAGGACAGACGAGCAGAUUAUAUAAGCUCCAGAGGGCUGGGAUCCACGCAGAUCUCUUCUUGUGGCUACGGCCUGCCAGAGAAACACCGACAAAGAGUUCACUCAGCACCCACCAUGUCCCAGGUUGGCAAUCCUGAAGACCCCAUCAAGAAGAAGCGCCCCCCUAUGAAGGAAGAAGACCUGAAGGGGGCCCGAGGGAACCUGGCCAAGAACCAAGAGAUCAAGUCUAAGACCUACCAGGUCAUGCGAGAGUGUGAGCAAGCUGGCUCAGCUGCCCCAUCUGUAUUCAGCCGUAACCGCACAGGCGCCGAGACAGUCUUCGAGAAGCCCAAAUAGUGACCUGCCAAGAAUGUCUUUGGCUGAGAAAUACAACUAUACCACACCAAACACCUGGACACAGGAGCCUUUCCCACGAACUCUUUUUUUUUUUUUUUUUUUUUUUAAUGCUAGAAGAUGCCUUACUCCUCUGUUGUCUUUGAACUAUCAUGCCUCCCAGCAACCCUGGCCCUUCUUCACCAGUACCUUGGAAACUCCAAUAAAGAGGAUGAUGCCCUAGUGGCUCCAACCUUG